AUGCAUUACGGGCCGUGGGUUACGGCAGGACAUAGGAGAAAAAAGUGUCCCAGCAGUUUGAAGCAUCUUGUAUUCAAUGUCUAUUUCGAAGACAUUAGAUCAUACAAAAAAAAUCCAGGAUCCGGCACGGAGGGCUACCUGAACCAGUUGCGCCUGUCGACGCUCUACUUCUCGCGGCUGGCCGCGACGGGCAAGCGGUUCGAGAUCGGGGUUGAGGUGGCCACGGCCGGCAAGUUCGAUGACAUCGUGAUGUAUCUGGUCGACGAGCGGCAGUACUGCCUGGUGCAGGCCAAGCACAAACAGGACGAAUCGAAGCGAAUCACGCUGGACGACCUACUGAAGACGACCACCGAGUACAGUUUGCCCAAGUACUUCGAUUCGUUCCUGGGCCUCAAGCAGGAAGCCUACUGCCGUGAGGACCAGCUACGGUACAUCGUCAUCUACACGAACCUCAACGUGGACGAGCACGUGAUGAAGGUGCUCGAACGGGUCCACCAAUCGCCGAUCGGCGAUACGUUCCUUGACACGCUCAACGUGCGGUGCAAUGGGAAGAAGCCAACCCUGUAUCGGUUCAACAUCGACAACAGUCAGUUCACCGAGAGCCUGAUCGACCGGAUAUCACCGAUCUGCGAGGUAGCACGCAAGCUGGCCGAGCAGCUGGUUCAGCGGAAGAAGAUCUCGAUCAACCCGAACGGAGUGUUCCACGAGUUCCACGCGCUACUGGCGCGGGACGUGUUCGACCUUGACCGCCAGCUGUUCCAGGAGAACUUCCUGGCCGGCGACCUGACCGGGGUGUCGGAGUGUGUGCUCAAGUUUCGGCACCUGCUCGAGCGGACCCUCCGAGCGAUGCUGAAGCUGGAGCCGGACUUCUCGAUUACCGACCUGAAUGCGAUGAUUGGUGCUGGCAAGCUGAAGCUACUGUUUGAACCGGGAUUCCUCUGCAAACCGGCCACCAGCAGCCGUGGACCGACCAAGGAGUGGGCAGACUAUCGCGUCCAGCGGACCGAGGUGGUGGAGUUCUUCCAGCAUCUCAUCCUGGCCGCCGACCAGCCCAACUUCAUCGAGCUCGAAGCGAUCACCAAGGUGGAGGUGUUCGGACUGCGCGAUUACGUCGACGAGUGUAUGCAGGUGGUGUUCGAUCAGGUCGACCGCUGGAUACGGGACGGCGAGGGCGUGUUUCUGGGUGCCACCGACUGGCAGCGGAUCUGUGACGAGUCGCGGGCCCGCAUCACCGGCAAGAAGUGGCUGCUCAAGUCGGAGGAGUACCAGAAGACGAACCCGGCCACGGGAUAUCUCUUCGAGCGGAACUCGUUGCUCGGUCCGGUGCAGGAGUUCCUCGGAUCGACCCAACACGAUACGCUACUGCUGGUGGCCGCCUACAAGGCGGAAGUUAGUGCCGCCCGGAUACUCCAGGUACUCGGCACGCUCGGGGUCCAGUUCGUGGUGUUCGAUGCGCACUGCUUUCGCGACAUCGAAGACCUGGAGAGCUGCAUUCCGUUCGUGCGCCAUCUAUCGGACCGGUUGAUCGUGGUCGUGUUUGGCGAGCAGUGUUGCCAGUCGGUGACGAAAAACGUGCGGUACAAGUUCAAGGGUCUGACGAAGGCCAAAACCGUCUACAUAAUAGCGGCGAGUGGACAGGACUGGCUGGAGGAGAUCAAGCUGCUCUACCGGGAUGUGUUCGAGCUGGCGGACAUGGCGGCCCAGUCAAGGCGACAGCUGCUGGAGAAGAAGAUCACGCUCCAGACGCGCGAGGUUCGGCUUGUGGAUGUGAUGUCGGAGGACGAUGCGCUCCAACUGAUCGACAUGGAGAUCAUCUCGCAGCUGCUGACCAACCAGCUCGACCCGGUGGCGUACAGCUUCAAGUAUCAGCGGGCGCUCCAGGGACAUUACUUCGCGCGGACCCUGCGCUCGGAUCACUCGUCGAUGGACGAGGCCGAGUUCGAUCGGCUGGUACCGUGCAACCGGGUGGUGAUCCUGUCCGAUGGUCCCGGGAUGGGGAAGACCACCUUCCUGGAGCGGUUCAUCGAUCGCCUGUCGAGCGCGCUGCCUGACCACGUGAUCUGCUUGAUGCACCUCAAGUUCUACACCGAGACGAUCGAAGAGAUCACACAGCUGAACGCCGACACGCUGAGCGUGGAGGACGCCAUCCGGCACGUCACGAAAUGCUUCUUCGCCGAGAGCACCCGCUUCGGGCAGGUGCUGUUUCGCAACGCGAUCCUCAACACCGGCAAGCUGAUCGUGCUGGUCGACGGGUACGAUAGCGUCAUCUGGCGCUACAAGAAGUCGGUGGUGCGCGCCUGCCAGCUAUUCCUGCGGGCCCCGUUCCAGAUCCGCAACCUACUGCUGGCGACGCGACCCCACGAGCUGGACUACCUCCGAGGUGCACUCCCUUCGGCGAAGAUCGUCUCGCUUCGCCCGUUCGGGGAGCGCCAGUGCGUGGAGUUCCUGAGCCAGCGGUGGCAAUGCGAGGAUCACUCAGAAGCGUACCGCUUACUACGCCACCUGGCCGCCACGUACGGUGACUGGGUCGCUGGUAGCCCGUUCCAGCUGAAGCUUCUGGCGGACCUCCAUCAGCAGCGGCCGGACACGUUCCGGUGCUUCGGCGGACUCCUGGAGCUGUACCUCGAGCGCCAGUUCUACGCGUCGAAUCAGCGUGCCAUCCAGAUCAUGGGCAUCGGACAGCAGCGGAUGGCUGCGGAAACGCUGAAACGGGCUGCGCACGACAGUCACCGGGAGCUCUCCGCCGCACUUACAUUCUCCCCCGGGCGACCAGUUAACAUGGCCCCGUUCACGUACCUGCUCGACAUCGGGAUGAUCGUCUUCGAGGACGGCCGGGUUCGGUUCGAGCACCGAGUCGUCCAGGAGUACUUCGCGGCCGAAGCGCUGAUGGUGGGCCGAUUCGAGGACGAGCAGCUCCGGGCGGUGUUGGCCAACCCGGAGAAUCGCUUCCUGCACCGCUUCCUGGAGUAUCAUCUGGCAAAGGAGAAAAAUGCACCGUACCGGGAUCGCUUCCGGCGCUACCUACACCUCGAAGGACCGGCCUGGCCCGGGCUCCAGCUCAUCACAGCCUCCGCCGCCGACGAUGGCCGUUAA